AUGUACCACAAUGUGUUUGAACAAAGUGGUGACAUCUUCACAUUCAAUGGUGUUAAUACGUUACAUAAAAUUCUAUCUACUGGCUGUUUUGGUAGGUUUAUAAUUUGAUAUGUUACUUUAGAGUAAGGUAAGGUAUGGCCGGAAAGUUUAGUGUAGAAUAGAGUAUGUUAAGGUUGGUUAGGGUAGGGUAAGGUCAUGAUUUUCAAUUUUAGGUACCAUCGAAGACGUACAACUAAUCCAAAGUUUAAAAGGCAAAAAAUACGAUGCAGCUUUUGUGGAACACUUAGAUGCAUGUGGUUUGAUAGUGGCAGAGUUGGUUGGAAUAAAGACAGUUAUGUUGUUCUCGGUUCAAGGAGUUAGUUUUCCGGCAAGAUAUUACCUAAAUCUGCCUUCAGCUCCUGGAUUUGUUCCUGGUAAGGUUUUAAUCGUAGCUUUACCUUAGUCCUGCUCUGCCCUAGCGCUGCCUUAGCCCUGUCCUAGCACUGCCUUAGCUUUGCCCUAGCCUUGCUUUAGCUAUGCUCUGCCGUAGUUUUGCUUUAGCCCUGCCCUAAUUCCAGCCCUAGUUCUAGCCCUAGCUCUAACCCUGCUUUGGCCCAUCUCUAACUUUUCCCAACUCUGGCUUGCUCAUUUUUAGCUAUGAUCUGGCUAUGUUCUAGCCCUGCCUUACCCUAUUUUGUUCUUCAUUGUUUUUACUUGCUCGACCCACCUCGUCUUGUUCUAGGCCUCCCAUGCUCUAUCCCUGAUCAAGUCCUGCCCUAGCUUUGCUCUCGCUCUGCUAUUCUUUAGCCUCAUCCUACUUUACUCUAUCGUCAAAAAACCAUACCAUGAAUUAGGGUUUUUCUACUUUAGUUCCAUGGUAUCCCUACUGUAACCUACUUUUUUUUUCAUAGCUGAGUUAAGGCUUAUCUAAACCGUCUCUAGCUUCACCGUGACAACGGUUUAUAUUGCCUUCCCGUAUUUUACUAUAUUAUAUUGCUUUUGAUUACCCCGACAUACCAUACUGUUACAUUCUUUUAAUUACUCUACCGUAUAUUGUUGUUAUAUUCUUUUUAGUCUAUAAUGAAGUACCACCAUCUGGAUAUGAAAUGAGCUUUGUUGAACGAGCAAUGAACCUGUACAACUAUUGGCGUUAUGAAAUGUAUAUUCCUAAAAAGCUACUGGGGGUAGCUGUAAGUUCAAAAAUAAUUUUAAAAUUUCAAAAUUAAAAAAAAAAUUUUUAAAUUUUUUGAAAUUUUUUUAAAAUUUUUCAUAAUUUUUUUAUUUUUGAACUUUUACUUUUAGGCUAAACUACAAUCAGCUGACUUGUUACCUAAAGACUUCCCUUCAGUAGAAGAGCUUGGAUCACAGAUAUCUUAUCUUUUUGUGAAUUCAGUGGAAUUUCUCAAUUUUCCUGACUUUUACACGCCUCAAGUCAAACACAUUGGUGGUAUUGGAAUGCCGAAAGCUGGCAAUGUUGAUAAUUUUAUAUUACCUAUAAUAGAGAAAGCUAAGAAAGGAGUUGUGUGGUUUUCAUUUGGAAGUAUUGUCAAUACAAAACUUAUGAAUGCCAGGAUUAGACAAUCUUUUAUUGCCGCGUUUAGUCAGUUUGAAGAAUAUGAGUUCCUGUGGCAAAUGAAGGACAUUGAUGAGGAUGUUAAGGUAGGUGACAUAGUUACCACACCCCUGUCUCGCUAGGAGUAGGGAUAGGGGUAGAGGUAGGAAACGGUAGGGAAGUGUAGUUUAGGGUAGGGUAGGGGUUGGAGUAGGGGUUACGGUAGGGGUAUGAAUAGAGGUAGGUAGGAAUAUGGUAGAAUUACUUAUUAUUAUCAUACCUUUACCCUGCCGUACUUCGGCCUUUACUUCUACCCUCUACCACUACUCUGCCUUACCCUGCCACUGCUUUUACUCCUACCCUUACUCUUUCAACCUACCAUACCUUGCGUAAUCGUAAACCCCUAUCCCUUAUCACUACCCCUUUCCUACCCUACCUUACCCUGCCGUACCUUUGCCUUUACCUCUACCCUUGUCCCAUGUCUUGUUCUGCUCUACCCUUUACCCUUAAUUCUACUUUUCCGACCUGUCAUACCCUAUCUACUCAAUUUUACUUUUGCCUACCGUUUCUCUUGCCUAGUUCAAAUAUACAAUACACACAUUAUCGUAUGUACUACCUUCAGUUUCUUUUCCAUAUCAAAACUUCUAUAUUUUCAGAAUGCAUUUGCCUCCUACAACAAUAUUCACCUAAUAGAAUGGCUAAAUCAACCAGCUUUGUUAGCUCAUAACAAAACCAAAGCAAUGAUAUCUCAUGGUGGUCUAACUGGACUAUUUGAAGCUAUCAACUAUGGUGUACCACUAAUAUCAAUACCAAUGUUUAUGGACCAUAAAAGAUCGGCUGCUCUAGCCAAGUAUCAUGGCAUUGGGGUCAUUUUGGACAAAUAUACAUUGACUGUUGAUAAGAUUGCCAGUGCUUUGAGGGAGGUACUGGAGAGUGAAAUGUAAGCAUAAGAAUUCAUUUUACAAGGGUAGGGUGGGGUAGGAUGAUAUUACUAACUAAUUUUUCAAUUUCAGAUACCAGCAAAACAUUUUGAAAAAGCAAAAAAUGCUAAAAGAUGCCAAUCCAAAACCAGAAGAAGUCUUCCUUCACUCUGUCAAAUAUGCUACAGAACAUGGUGAAGAGUUGAAGAAGAUCAAUAUUCCGCGCGUCAAUUGGAUUACCUACUUCUGUCUUGACAUUGUUGUACUCAUCUUUAUCACUUUAGUUAUUUUAAUCGCUAUUUUUGUAAAAAUUUUAAAAAGAAUCACGAAUUUGACCAAAGGUAGAGGAAAGAAGGUGAAUAAAGUUAAGAAAAACUAAACUGAAUGACUUUAAAAUGAUAAACUGUUUAUUUUUGUGACUAUUCGAUUAGGUUCUAAUCGUUUAGCUGGGUACUAUUCAGCGUAUCACAUGGCCAUGGGCGCAACUGGAAAUUACAAAAUUAUGAAUUUUAUUUUUUGAACGAAAAAUUGUUGGAGCAUGGAUAAUAUCAAGGUUUUGCAACUUUUUUCGAAGAUUUUUAGGUGAAUAUUUUUUAUAAAAAGAUGGAAAAGAUAUUUUAGUAUGUUUCUACCACUAUUUAAUUAAUUUUUGCUCAAUUUUAGAAUAGAAUCUGACCUCAAAAGACGUUGAAAGUAAAAUAAAUCCUAUCAACUUUGGUCUGGUUGGAAGAAAGACUUAUUCAACUUCAAAUCUUUUAAAUUUUAUGGCUAUAAUAUCUUCACAUCUAUCCUAGAGAAGUUGAUUAUGUUAGGAGUGCAAGAAUCACCUCGAUGAAGAAUCAGAUGAACUUGAACUGGUCGAUGUUGGGUUGGGACGUUUCACUUGCUGUGUCUUUAGCAUGUUUGGGUACGUUUUUUGAUAAUUUUGUAUUUUAUUUUUAGACCUAAGAUAUUUGAAGCAAUAAACUUGAAGAAAGAGCGCAAUUUUGGACGUUUCAUAUAUUGUAGUAAGUAGCCGUUUGGAAAAUUGAUGGUGUGCGCUUCUUUUGAGAUUUACAACUAUGAUUUUUGGUUUAGAUGAUUGUGAAUAGACUUGGCAAGCUUAUGAAUGUUAAAUUUUGGCCAUAUUUUUGUUUUAAAUUUUUAAAAUUUGAUUUUUAGCUUAAAUUUCGUGCUCUGCUAUUGCUAAUUUGACUUUAUUUUUUACAUUCAUAUUGACUUACCGGUCGGGUUUUGUUAUUUUAUGCUAUAAAACAUUUAUUUUUAAAUUUUUUCUAGAACUAUCAAAUAA